AUGAACGACAAACCAUCGCCCCACACCCCACUCCCCACGUACCCACCGCUGCUGAACGUGCACCACAGAGAUACCGGACUGCUGGAGACUUUGGAAAAGCCGGGCAAGGAGCCUUCGACGAGCUGCAGGACACCUACCCUCAUGAGCCUCAGCACGAGUUCGGGUACUCGAGGCCAGCCUUCGGCAAAUCGCGCCUCGUGUGAGAAUAGCACCAUCCCCGACAUCACCGUGCGUUCGCCUGCCGAUGGAUUGCCUCAUCGCCUGACCAUCCCACACGAGCCUCCCAAGGUCCCACGCCGGACCCCCAGUAAGGGGAAUAAACGAGAGACCUUAGCGGACAUCGCAAAGAGGAUUCCGGUGGAGCUCAUGCGGCACUACUUCAACUACCCGCUUCGGGCAGCUGCGGAGGCCAUGGACAUCUCAGUGACGACUUUGAAGCGAUUGUGUCGGAGGCAUGGCGUCAAGCGAUGGCCUCACCGCCAGAUCUGCGGCAUCAACCGCACGCUCAAUGACCUGGAGACGCAACACGACACCGCCAAGGGAGACGAGGUCGACUCUGUCGCUGAGCAGCUUCGGCAGCUGCACAGGCGCCGAGAUGUUAUCAUUGAGCUGGCGUUCGAGAGCGACGACGAAUCAAUCAGCAAGCGCGGCAGUUUUAUCUCCUCGGACGGGGGGGGCUCCUCGGCAUCGUCCUCCUCCUUCCCGUCGCCCCCCUCCUCUCCGUCUCUCUCGCGGUCGACUUCCUUUGUCUCACCGCCGGCCUCGCCCACGCCCACGGACGAGCGCACGCCUGCUGCGGCCGGUGUGACGUGGUUGAACAACGGUGCCCCGGGGACGGGUCUGCCGUCUUUGGCGCCGGUCCUCUCCGUGACCGUCGGAAGCGGCGGCGGCGGCGGAGGCAGCAGCAGCAGCAAGUGUCCCGCCGCAAGAAGCAGAGGUAGCAGCAAGGUCGCCAGAAUAUUCAGCGACGGCGUCGGCUCAAGCGGCAGCAGUGGCAGCUACGGGAAGACCAGCAGCGGGAGCAUGCGUCCUCACCGGCCUAGCGGCACCUGCGGCUCUGGAAGGUCCAAGGGGCCUCGCAAGCCGAGGUCGUCGGCGAUGUUCGGCAGCAUCACGAGCCUGCGGAAGGUUCCGCCACCGGUCGUGACGGUGGCAACGGGUGCGGUCGUUUCCACUACGCUUAGUCUCGCCGAGAGGACCAGCGCAAGCACCAGCACGAGUACCUCCCCGGCCCGAGCAGACGCGAGUACCGAAACUUCUCCUCGUGCGACCAUCCCGGUGCCUUCAAGACCUCAGUCGGCGUCGAUUCCAGCGAACGGCAGCAACAACCAUGACGGCGGUGGCACGGGCACCGUGUCGCGGCUUUCUCUCAUCGGCUCCGGCGCUUCCUGGAUCAGCGACAACGACGCCCCAUCCCCGAGCACCACCAGCGUCGACAGCCUCGGGCUGGGGCCGCACGGCAGCCAGCAGAUGGACGAUCUCGCGAUCCUCGGAGAUCUGCUAUUCGGGCCAGACGACGCGGCUAUAGCGGCGGCGGCGGCGGCAGCCGGUGUUCGGGCCCAGAGCUCGGCGGCGACUAAUCCCCCCCCCUCCUCGACGUCUUCGCCCCCCUCCUCGUCCUACGAGCGCGGGUUUUCCGCCGGGCUGGCAUCGGCAUCGAACUGGGGCGGCGGGCUUUGCUGGGACGCCAACGGCCUCAGCCACUUGGGCCCGUUGUAGUGAAGGGCUCGGUCCCGCGCGGGGGCGGGUGGGAUGUCAGGCC